AUGGAGGAAGAAAGUGAAACAAACGAGGACCUUGAUCUUGUUUUUGUAACACAAGAAGAACAAGAGUCUUCAGUAGAACAGCCGCCAGAAGAAUGGUCGUCGGUAGAAAUUGCAAUUCUAGAAGAGAAUAAAAAGAAAGUGCUGUAUAAGGAAGGUCUAUACAGUCCAGGAAGUGGAGAACUAUGUGCAAAAUAUAUAACUGUAUCAAACAGCUCAAUUUUAAGACAUUUGUAUUACAACUACCCACCCGUUGCUGAUCCUGGCAUAAAUGAGGCUUUACUUAAGGCGGAGCAAGAAACAAUUUAUUCUGAUGAUGGCCAGGCUUUAUAUUUACAUCUGUGCAACGAAAUUAAUAUAUGUCCAGUGAGGUUGUUUUACAAUAGCCUACUUAAGUCUGAAAUCGAUUUACGUUACUAUGGUGUCGAGGAGAAAGGUGUUCGACCAAUGGCUUUGGCUUUACAGUUUAACAAACACGUACAUCGCUUCAAUCUCACAGGGAAUUUUUUGAACGAUGAUGCCUGCUAUCAUCUUGGUCAUAUGUUAUCAUAUAACUGUACAUUAAAUGAAAUCGUUUUAGAUGGUUGCCGAAUAGGUGCCUCGGGUAUACUUCGGUUAGGUCGUAACUUACACAUAAAUCGAACUUUGAUGUUCUUGAGUCUUGAAAAUAAUUACCUUGGAGAUAUUGGCGGAACACAUUUCGCUGAUCAGUUAUUGAAUACUACCGUCAAUCGAGUUAAUUUAUCAAAAAAUCAAUUGGGCAGACUGACAGCUACAGCUUUAGCUGAGGUUUUCGAGUGGUCGAACAGAUUAACACAUCUCAAUCUCUCGUGGAACUGUUUCUAUCAUAUUCCGUCUACAAUUAAAAUGCUCGAACAAUUGGCAUUAAGUACAUGUUUAGAGGAAUUGUCGUUGUCUUUUAAUUCACUUGGAGGAGAUCGUGUGGCUAAUGCGAUCAAAAAUAUUCUCUUGAUUCCCACAUUGACAUUAUUAGAUUUGAGCAAUAAUAAUUUCCAAAAAGAAGCUAUAGACACAAUUAUUUCCAAUUUAUUAUCAGCUAGGAAGUUGAUUACGUUUAAUCUUUCGUUUAAUCCCAUGACACCGCAAGAUGCAUUCAACGUCCUACAACUAAUGUUAAAGCCUCGAAUUAAAAUAAAUCAAUUGUUGCUAGAAAACGUAUGUGUAUCAAAGCCUUUCGUAGCACUAUUGACAAGAGUGAAAAAAAGGAAAAAUCGCAAAAAUUUCGUAUGCACGUUUGGCACUAUCUUACAAAACUGGACUAUAGUGGAGCCCGAUGGAAGAGAUUUAAUUCUUAAAAGAGUUCAGUACCUUGGCAUGUCUAAGAAGACUCAAGUGGACACAGCUAUGUACCUCUUAAGUUUAGCCAAAGAGUACUCAAAACCGAUUACAACAAAAGAGUUUCAAGAACGUACAGAUGCUGACCAUGUAGGGCUAGAUGAGAGUCUCGUUAUGGGUUUAGCGGAAAUAUUUCCGGGUCCAAGAACAGCAAAGUACCGGACUAUUAAUCUUAAUUUAAUAGUUGAGUAUAUUCUCCGGUUAUGGCCAGAUAAAAAACUGCCCCCCACACCUCCACCAGAGCCUGAACCUGUAAUUGAAGAAGCUCCACCACCACCGCCGCCAACGAAGAAGGGAAAAGGGAAAGCCAAUAAGUAA